UUGCAGUUAGCGCACUCAACUCAAAUCGAAAGGAGGUCCCAAAGCAAAAGUUAAGAUCCCAUAUAACCAAGCUGUUGCAAACCGAAAUUCCACAAUGAACCCACUGGGAAUAGUGAGUCUGGGCCUGAUCUUGUGCCUGGCCGGGAUCCAAGCCAAGCUGGAGGAGAAGUUCUCGUGGAAGCAGCUGGCCUUCGAUUGGCCCACUCCGGAGGCCGAGGCGGAGGCCAAGACGAAUGGCCACUACAUCGAGGAGAACAACCUGCCACUGGGCGUGGAGCGCUGGCAAAACAGAAUCUUUGUCACUGUGCCAAGAUGGAAGGCCGGUGUGGCUGCCACCCUGAACUACAUCGAUCUCAACUCGACGGAGAAGUCGCCAAAACUGCGCCCGUAUCCCAGUUGGGAGGCCAACAAGCUGCCCAUCGAUGUGAAGCCCCAGGAUCAAAAGACACCUUCGGGCGGACGUUUGGAUGCUGAGAAGGCUCAAGAUGCCGGCAUUCAGCUGAAGGACAACUCCACCAUCAUUUCCACCUUCCGAAUCCAAGUGGACGUAUGCGAUCGCCUGUGGGUUCUCGAUACUGGUUUGGCUGACAUCCUGGGCAGUCCCAAGCAGAUUACACCGAACUCGAUCCUGGUCUUUGACCUGAAGACGGACACCUUGGUGCGUCGUUUCACCAUUCCCGACGAUCAGAAGAAGGAGGAUUCGUUCUUUGCUAACAUUGUUGUGGAUGCCGACCGCUCGGAGUGUCAGGAUGCCUUCGCCUAUAUCCCUGACUUGGGUGCCUAUGGUGUGAUUGUGUACUCCUUGAGGAACGACAAAUCCUACCGCGUCAAGCACAAUUUCUUCCACUUCGACCCCCUGCAGGGCGACUUCAAUGUCGGCGGCGUGAACUUCCAGUGGACGGACGGCGUCUUUGGCAUGGCGGUGGGUCCCAUGAAUCCGGAUCACUCCAAGGACAUCUACUUCCAUGCUCUGGCCAGUACCAAGGAGUUCAAGGUCUCCAACCGAGUGCUGCAGAACGAAUCGCAUGUGACCGGCGGCGAUUCGUACUAUGACUUUAAAUAUGUCGGUGACCGUGGCAUGAAUGGUCAGUCCACCGCCGAGGUCUUUGACCCCGAGACCGGCGUCAUCUUCUACACGCAGGUGAACAAAGACGCCAUCGCCUGCUGGAACAUCAAGCGUCCCUACACACCGGACACCCAGGGACUGAUCGAUUCCGACUCGCACACUCUCGUCUUCCCGAACGACAUGAAGAUCGACAACGAGGGCACCGUUUGGGUGCUGUCCGACAAGAUGCCCACGUAUUUGUACAAGGAACUCGAUCCCUCGGCCGUCAAUUAUCGCAUUUUGACGGGCCAGAACCGCGAUCUCAUCAAGGGUACACCAUGCGAAAUGUGAGCAGUUGGACAUUUGAAUCGACAUGCUGUUUUCGUGAAGCGGUGCAUUUUUGUAUUUACAUUAUGACAUUUUUUGUUUGUAAGUCGGCUUAAUAAACUAUUUGAAAUGUGA